AUGAAAGAGAAAUUCGACAAAAAUAGUGUUCUAGGAAUGGCAUUUGUUGCCUAUCGAGAUUUUAACGACUCAAACCGUUUUGAUACUAUCGAUAUCCAUCAGGCGCCAAAUAUUCAUCCAGUUGAAGCCAAAAUUGCUAGUCAACAAGCUACUGGUGGUGCCGAUCUAUGUGAAGAUGUUCAAGGUGGAUUAGAUAAAGCAUUGAAAUUCAGUUGGAAAAAGGAUGGUAGUUCACGAGCAGCACAGAUUUUAGUGUGGGUCGGUGAUUGUCCUAGACGUACGUCGUUUUGUCAUAAUGGAGGUUCUGGGUGGGAUAGCUAUCUUAGCGGCUUACCGGAUGUUCCUUUAAUGAUAGAUCUAAUUAAUGAAAUAAAAAAUCGUGGAAUCUUUCUGUUACUAUCCGAUUUCACCGACUACGUGAAAACAAUGAUAGAAAACAUCGAAAAAAUCUAUAUAGCUGAUAAGAAACAAAGUCAAGUUAAACCAGUCAAACUGGAUCAAAACGAUACAUCAUCAUUAUUGAAAGAGAUUACAGAACAAGUAAAUACGAUUAUUGCCAGCGAAUUCAUGUAA